AUGCCUUCCAUCCAGAACCUCCUUUCCCGCAACUCCUCUCCGGUCAUCCGCCGCAGCGAUUCUCACAUCGUUGUCCGCCGUGGCGAUGCCUCUGAUGGCGGCGACAUGCUCAACCUCAUGAUCGUCGUUCUCGCCCUCAUCUUCUUCGCCCUCCUCCUCAUCUCCACACUCUUCCUCAUGCGCCGCAUGCGCAGACAACAACGCAUGCAGGAGCAGAUGCUGCCCGCCUACCAAGAGGUCAAGGGCGGCAGAAACCCCCACAACCUCACCAUCCAGACGAGCCAGGACGGCCGGUCAAGCGUCCUGUACAUCGGCCAGGAUGGUCGCUCUCCCAUGCUCCAGAACCCCCAGUCCGCCCCUCACUCUCCCGACAACGUUCCCGAGAUCCACAUCACCUUCCCCGACGAGCAGGACGAGGGUGGUCGCCACAAGAGCGGCCGCGUGUUGGUCGUUCGUGUCGGUGACGGUGGCUCCGUCGGUCUCGAGCCCGUCCGCGAUGAGCAGCUGCCUGCGUACGAGAAGGACAGCAAAUCGCAGUUCUACUCUGUCGACAUCGACUCGAUCGGCGGCCUGCGCGAGAAGGAGCGUUUCAACUAA